AUGUCAACAAAUGUUAUCGAAGACAGGAAAAGGCUGAAAGAACUAAUCUCUGAGGCUUCUGAUCUCGAGAGAGAGCUAAAGAAGCAAGAACAGGAAAAAAGGAAAACUGAUAGCCCCGAGAAAUUGGCUGUAUUAGUCGAGGAGACUGAAUUUUUACGGAACAGCCUCAAAGACGUUUAUGAGGACAUUCUUUUAAGUGAUCUCAAGUUCGCCGACGAACAUAAUAUCGAAGAAAAACUUUGGAGAUACGUAUUUUAUAAUUAUAUCGAAGAAUUGAGACAAAAAUUACGCAGGAUCGAUAAGAAUGAGAAAGCUAACGAAUACCAAGUCGUUUACCUUGAAUUAUACCGCUACCUGGACUUGGGGACUGGAUUUUAUCACACUAUCAUUAAUAGCUUAAAACUUCGUGAAAAUAUAAAUUUGGACCGAAUCGGAAUUGAAAUUUUUAAGAAUACUGUCACCACUUCACCUCCUGCUCCGCGUUCUGCUUCUAAAUUACGUAGAAAAGAACUUACUGCUGAAUCUAUUCAACGUUGUCUUAUUCGUCUUGGUGAUUUUGCUCGGUAUCGUGAGACGCUACUUGGGGCUGAUGAAAGACGUUGGGAAUUUUCUAAACAAUUUUACAUGAAAGCCGCAAGAGUCUACUGUGAAGAUGGAAAAGCCCAAGCUCAAUUAGCUCUUCUUUCUAUGCUUCGAGAUAAUGAUUUGGAUGUUGUCUAUUGGUAUUGCUUUAGUCUUGCAACAAAACAGCCACCAGACAUAUCUGCUGAGAAUUUAAAAGUAUUUUAUACAAAAUUUUCUCAACGAAUUCGGCAAGAUAACUUGAAUACGAAUGUUUUAUCUGGCGCUAGGGAUUUUGAAAGGAAGUUUUUAAUCACUCAUCGCUAUCUUUUUGAGAAAGACGCUGAAAACGUUGUUCCAGAAGAAAUAUUGGACCAAUUUACGCAUUUAUUAUCUUCUCAAAAUGACAGUCUUCAAAACUUGGGCUCGCUGUUGAAAAAAAUUGUAUUUAUUCUUAUUUUUACGGUUUGGGAUUUGCGAAAUUGGACAGCUCAAAAUCGAGCUACAGAGCUUCGAAAUAUAGAAUCCAUGACUAUAGGUUUAGGGUUUGGAUUUUUGAUUCCCGUUAUGGAGAAUAUAAAUCUAACGUGGGAUUUUGAGAGCGGGUCAGAUGCAAUUGUAAAAGAAUGUUUACCUGCUGUUUCUAUAUGGUGCCAAUAUUUGGGAACGUUAAUGGAUCUUUUAAGUCAAUUGUACAAUUAUUCAAAAUCUAUAGAAAAAGAAAAUGAAAGGAUAGCAGGAAUAUUUUUGACGAAUAUGAGAAAUUUUUUCAAAUCAUUUGCCAACAUUCUUAAUAAUCCAAAAAUCUAUGAUUUAUUGAGUGCGAAUCAUGAUCUCGCGGAAUUGGCAAAGCAUUCCAUUUUUGAGGAUGUAGAAUUUUUAGGGGUAGUUCCUUUUCGCCCUUUUCAACGGAAUCUAAAUUUUAUAAAUAAUGCCAAUCCUUUACAUGUGAUGAUUGCUAGAUUAAUUAUAUUCGGGAAAAAAUUCGUCAAGUCUUUUGAUAUUCUUCAUUAUGACGAAUCUGCGGGUCAAUUUACGCUAAUUGACGAAGAAAGUAAGAAAAAGGAACGUCAACAACGUAUGAUGAAAUUAAUGGCACAACAACGUUUAAAAGAUGAAAUAGACACAAUGGAAAAUAAAUUACAAAAAAUUGGGGUUUCCGCUCGUCGGUCUAAUACGAGUCCAAACUCGAUUUCUAUUUCUCUUUCCGAAAGUGCCAUAUCAAAGCCUAAAAGUUCGCCAAAACAAUGCGUGGUUGAUACCAGCGUCAUUCUCAACCAUUUAAUCUCUGUCAAAAAUUGGGUUGCAGAUGAAAAAUAUACAGUGAUUGUGCCUUUGGAUGUUAUUGAUUCCUUAGAUUUGAUCAAGAAGGGUAAUAGUCAAGAAAAUGUGAGAGCACGAGAAGCAAUUAGGUUUUUGGACCAAAUCGGUAGUCAACGGAACCGUGAACAUUUUAUCCGUGCACAAAAAGCGAAUGAAAAAUUACCUCAUUGGGCUUCUGCGGAAGAGUUUCUUAUCGAAGAAAAUUUCCGUGAUUACUCUUCACAGGCUCAUAAAAAUGAAAAAACAGAAGAUUCUACGGAACGAUAUGAUAAUAACAUCACAGAAGAAAGGCCUAUAACCAAUAUUCCACAAGAAUUUCGCCCUACAUUAAGCUGUUGGCUUUAUUUUGCACGAUUAGCGAAUAUCGAUGAUAUCUUAUUUGUGACUGAAAAUCAAGAAUUAACGAAAUAUGCUAAGAUGUUUGGUGUUCCUGUUGUUGGUGUUGGAAAUGUUUAA